UUUCCAGAAUGAUGACGUCCAGAUUCAAAGUUUGUUACGUUAUGAUUUUGACGUUGUUACUAUGGAGGUUUUUGUGCAUCGCAACAGAACUAAGACGCAUUUUACGAGAAAUUAAAUUUACGCCGACGAGACUUUUCCUAUGCCGAAGUCUCGAGCGGUCGAGGGGAGCGAGUUUCUUGAAGACCGCGCUCAGCGCUUCAUGAAGUACGGCAAAUCCUUAAUGAGUUCCAUAAUGCCAAACCUGCAAAGUGCCGCAGACGGUCGUUCGUUUCCCGAAAACCGCGUGCGGCGCUUCUUGGCGUACCGGAAGUUCCAAGGUUUGGAUUCAUCGGGAGUUCGAGUGGAAGGACCUUUCAUACAGCUGGACAAGCAUGGCUACCCAUACAGACAGGUGUUCCUGGCGAUUACGUUCAAGGAAUUCAUCAUUAUUAAACAGUCCGUUGAAGAAGACGACGCUACACAAGACUCAGCAGCGUUUGCGGAAAUCACAAAUUUGUCAAUGGAUCACAUAAUUCCACUUGGGUUUCUCAAAUUUUUCAUUAUUGACGAUCGCGCGAUGCGUUUAACCGCCUUUACAUUCUUGGACGGUCUCUACCACUUUGAAAUGUGCCAAUUGGACUUCAAUACAAAUACUUUGUGGAAACAAUGGCGGGAAAUCAUCCUGUGCAUCGGCGGUGAGCGCUGCGCCAUCUCUGGGUUUCACAGCUGGACCACCAGUGGUAUCGAAAGGGGCACUAUUUCGGGGAUUCACGGAGAUCACUUACGAACAUCGGCAGCAAACCAAACCCUGUUUUUUUAUCACCACCCAUUUGCAUUCUCACAAGUAAAUUCUGUUGCAGUGCAAACUGACGGACCAAUCGACCCAAAUGAACAAUCAUGGCCUUUUAAUGGUACAAAGGGUUAUUAUGUACAAGGUAAUUCUAGACCAACAGUUUUGGACUCUUCGUCGAGUAGCUCUGUAUGCACGGUCAACAGCUCUGUAUGCACGGUCAACAGCCGUACGGCCUCUUUGCAAACCAAACGCUUGGCCGUACUUACCAGUGCGACGAACACGAACUUCGUUUGUACUGGAGUUAGAAGGUCGCAUUCCGCACCAAAUAUGUUGAUGCAUUACGAAGAAAAUACCGUGAACCAUUUACAACACUUUAGAAGCUGUGGCGACCUUGCUAUUCUACGAAUUGUUAGAAAGGCGGCACGUAACGAAGCAGAACAUGAUGAAGAUGUCGAUACGUCUUUUCAAGAGGCAUACGAAAAAGCACGGACAUCUCGGGUGAGUGCUAGUGACUUUUGGAAACACGCCGCACAUCUUGCUAUUGGAAGAAAACACGUAAUUACAAACGAGGGACGGUUUCAGAAAAUUGCGGCGAGGUCAUUUGCUUUGAUGAACAGGGAACAAACAAGAUCGGUAUCACUGCUUGCUAUUCAACCUUCGGACGUCGCCGAGUACCUCGUUUUUAUGUCAAAGACUAUAUUUUUGGCCAUUACAGAGGUCGACGUUCACAGAUACGUAACGUCUAACGGAAAACAGGUAUCCAACAGCAUAGUUGACCUCUCCACCUAUGAGUGCAUGCUGGUGAAGCUAGUGACGACAGAAACCAUAGAACACAUCCUAGAGCAGAAAGGAGUGACUUUGAUAAAGUUUUUCAUCAAGAUUUGUCAGAUUCUGUUGUUCACACACCGGGACUUCCCAUCAGUGAUUGGCCUACUGAAAGGCCUCUCCUCAUUGGCCGUCUACCAUCUUCGGAACACAUGGGCCAACUUGCUCGUACAAGAGCCACUUUCUCUUAGUUCAUUAGUGGCCAUGCUCCCGCUGAUUUCACCAGAGCACAGCUGCCAAGCUUAUUGUAACAGGAUUCAAAACUGUCUCUACUUUGGUCAUUCAUUUAUACCAUGGGCGCGCCAUUUUCUACAUCACUGUGUAGACACCACGUCUUGUCGGAAGAGUAAUAAUAUUUUUAUGCAGUUACAAAAGAUAACUUUCGACCAAAAAGCACGUUUGUUUUAUGGAACACUUUCAAAAAUGGCAGUCACUUCCGAUCCAAGCGGUGUUACACCCCAGAAACUUCGCGGAGCUGAAGAAAUGAAGUUUCCUUCAAAAACACGCGUACCUAUUAAACAAAUAGCUGAACUCAAAAGUGAUGAAACUUGCAUAGAUAGAGAGGAUUCCACUUCGGAUAGUUCAGAAGAAGAAACACUUCGAAGUUUAAAUUAUACAAGCACUCGAGCACAAUCGGCAGUUCAAGCUAUAGACUUUUACGCUUCUUUAACGGCCAAGAACAUUAUCACGGAAGUAUUAACACAUAUUGCCUUCCUCGAAUCUGCGAGCGAAUCGACUCUUUCAAAAUCGCCAUCCGAUUUCCAAGAAAGACUGGAUGUGAUCCAUGAAUUUGAAGAAGAAACGGAGGAGGAAAUGCUAGCCUUUGAACAAACGUAUGACGAGACCAGCAAAGCAACACUGAAAAGCAAUGCCACAUUGGGAAUAAAUCCAUACACGUCGACCAAUAAAGGAGAGCAACAAGUAAAUGAAGUUGACAACACACGGUUUAGACAACAUAUACCGAAAGAAUUAACUUCCGAUCCAAGUUUGCUUAGGAAGGACACCUCUUCUUACAGUAUCGUUCAAGCGUCUUCAAGUAUAACAAAAGGGCUUAAGUCCAUAGUUAGUAAAAAGAAACCAGGUUUUAGCAAGGUGAAAAAAAAAGUGAACUUUCGACUGAAAGAAAGCACCAGCGGUGUAACCCCCCAGAAACUUCGCGGAGCUGAAGAAAUGAAGUUUCCAUCGAAAACACGCGUACCUAUUAAACAAAUAGCUGAACUCAAAAGUGAUGAAACUUGCAUAGAUAGAGAGGAUUCCACUUCGGAUAGUUCAGAAGAAGAAACACGUCGAAGUUUAAAUUAUACAAGCACUCGAGCACAAUCGGCAGUUCAAGCUAUUGACUUUUACGCUUCUUCAACGGCCAAGAACAUUAUCACGGAAGUAUUAACACAUAUUGCCUUUCAUGAAAAUUCGAGCGAAUCGACCCUUUCAAAAUCGCCAUCCGAUGACCAAGAAAGGCUGGAUGUGAUCCAUGAAAUUGAAGAAGAAACGGAGGAGGAAAUGCUAGCCCUUGAACAAGCGUAUGACGAGACCAGCAAAGCAACACUAAAAAGCAAUGACACAUUUGGAAAAAAUCCAUCAACGUCGACCAAUAAAGAAGAAAAACAAGUAAAUGAAGUUAACAACACACGGUUUAGACAACCUAUACCGAAAGAAAAGAAUAAAAUACAAAAGUCGAAACCACAACAGAACAAAUCAAUCGAAAACACAUCAGAAUCAAAUAAAAGCCAAAAGACAGUGAAAAAGAAAGGCGGCGUUUUGAGACGCAUCAAGAAAAUUUUCAAGCGAAAUAAAAAGAUGAAUAAAGAAUACGUUAGCGAUUUAGAUAGCGACAUCAAAGACAUACAGGCGCUCAUUGGAAGUCUUAAGGGCCAUACGCUGGAUGAAAAACCUGGGUCGGAUGCAGAAGAAAAUGACACAUUAAGCGAUAUCGUCUCCCCCGAACAUAGGCGAAUGACUGUGUUUGGUGGUGCAGGUAGAAGGCAAUCCUUGUUCGAAGCUUCAAUAGAAACAGGUGCCACUGAAGAGGAAAAGAAUCAGGCUUUUGAAGAAAUGAAAUCAUCAAAACUAAGUCAGAUUAAACGGAGAGGUUCGAUAGCUUUAGACUUCCUGAAAGGCGAAGAUUUCAAUGCCAACUCGAUAAAAAAAUAUGAUUUACAAAGCGAUAAGGCUGAAGAUGGUAUUUUCAAAACACGUAUAAAGUCUUUUGAAAAAAUGGUUCCAAAUCAAGGUAAUAAUUCGGUAGUCAAGGUUGAAAAACAAACCCAACAACACAAAAGGCGACACAGUCUUAAUGUUGUUAUAGAAAAUCCUGUCAUUGAUAAAGGACAUGAGACAACAAAAGAUAAUUUGGAGACAUUUUCGAAACUAAAGCUAAUAGUACGUGGAGUACAGACCACGACACGAGCGCGAACCAAAGCCUGUCUAAACAAUAUUUUCGCCACAAACGCUCGUCUAUCAGAUUUUCAAAUGCUUCAUAUGUCGCUGAGAUGUGAAUAAAAUGAUUCUAAAUUGUA